AUGGCUUUCCAUUGGCUCCUGAACUUCCUCAGCAAGCCUUUGCUGAGCCUGGUGGUACAAAGGUGCAAGGCCGCGGAGCCAACUCAAAGGAAACCGGCGCUGGCGCUCUCCUGCGACUCCGACUUUCGAAUCACCGAGGUCCAACCCGAGCUGUGUCGCCUACUUCGCUACACCAUGAAGGAGAUGAUUGGUAUGAGCGUUUUCAAGCUGAUGUCGACAGUCGUGGCCGAUGCUCAUGCUGCGACCUUCCGGCGCUUGCGCCACGCUGGCGCGGCGGAGCGCGCAGCGGCGCGAAAGAUGAACCACCUUCGCUGCCGUGACAGUAUCGUCAUAGAUGCGGAUGGCAACCCGAUUGCCUGCCGACUGACCGUCCAGCUGAAUCUGGAUUUGUCUGCGAGAUUAGUCUUCGAGCGAAUUCAGGGAAAGCUACCCAACAGCGUGCCCCGCGGCUUCGGUCAAUACAUCCGCCGCGAGCCGGGGCUUCACCUCGCGGACGCGCAGGAGGCUGCUUGCAUCAUGACGGACAUCGCCAAUUCCACCAGUUUCUCAAAGCAGCAAUCACCUCGAGUCAUGGCAGAGCUGCUGCACAAGGUCUAUGUCACUGCGAGCACUGUAGUCGAAAAGGAAGCGCUACCGUAUGUCUACAUCCACGAAGUCGUGGGAGACAGACACGUGGACUGCUUUGUCUCUUGCGCAGAUGGGUCGCCACAUUCGAGCGAGGCUUGCUUCUUCUGUGCAACUCAGAGUUCAUGGCGAACUUCCCCGGCAAAACCGCGGCCAUCGGGAUUUACGUUGCGAGCAAGGUGCAAAAGGCCGUGGACGAGAUGCUCUCUACGUAUGGCAAGGAAGACAUGUACUUGCGUGUGGGCAUCGCUUCCGGGCCGCUUUGUGCCGGAGUUGUGGACGGGCGGAACUUUCGAGUCUUCGGAUCAACCAUCCACCUUUCGCAGCGACUGGAGUCAAUGUGCCCGCGCUCGCGAAUCGCAUGUUGUUCCGACUUCGCAUCGAAGCUCACGGAGCAGGUGGACGAUGGCUUGA